UGUGUAUUAAAAUAGCUAAUUGACAUCUUCCACAGAUGUGUAUUUAUCCUCGAAUCAAGCAUGACAUCUUUAUAUUGAUAACCGAUUGUUAUCGAUCUGAGCCUCACGCUCGUAAGGUCAAAUAACAAUGAAACUGGGUAUUGCUUGUUGGCUUCGUCAGCUGCGUUGGUGUGAAGUGUAAGAGACAAUCUUUGGAUAUUUACUGACACCCAGGAUACUUACUGGACGAAAAUUAAUAGAGGUAUAUGGACCGCAGAAAGAUCUCUGUUCAUAAAGAGCACCUGGUUACCGUGCGUGAGUCCUAUUAAGAAUUGAUGUUGGGCGUUGUAAAUUUUACCAGGCAGGGUGAACACCAUGCAUCUUACGUCAACAUGAACGUGAAUGUUUCGCAAAGUAGUGGGUACGAAAACCAGUCGGGGGAGUUACCGGAUGCUAAUCAGCAGGACACUGUGUUCAUCAUUCGUCGUUAUGCACUUCCGCUGAUAUGUUUCCUAGGAAUUCUUGGAAAUUCUCUAUCGGCAAAAGCAUUCUUGGGACCAGGAUUGAAGCAUGCCUCUUGCAGUAUGUACCUAGCCGUCCGAUGUAUUUCCGAUAAUGGCUUUAUUUUGACACUAUUUACCGCCUGGUUAGACUUUGUACACGUACGUUUAUUCCACACUGAGGCAAUCUGUCAAAUGGUUGUAUUCCUUUCAUAUCUUUGCAGCUUUAUAUCCGUUUGGUGUGUUGUCUUUGUGACCAUCGAAAACUACGUCCGGAUCUGCCAUCACACCCAUGUUAAUCGUUUUUGUACUAUCAAAGUCGCCCGUUAUUCAUUGCUUACAUGUUUUCUUGUAGCGCUCCUUCUUUACAACUUUGCACUUUGGGGAACACAGGUACAACGUCAUGGCAAUCAAAAUUACUGUCUCACAAAAGAAAUGUUUAUUCAGUUGGAGCAGAUAAUGACGUAUAUCGACACUGCAUUGACUUUGGUCAUUCCAUUGCUCAUAAUUCUUAUUUUGAUGUUGAUGAUCAUGAUCAGUUCUGUCGAUGCUCAUAAGCGACAGAUUCGGUUGAAUUCGGCCGCUGCCCAAAACAACAACGUGGAAUCCAGAAGACGAAUUCUCCCCCAUUCCAAAGUGACAAGAUUAUUAUCGUCCGUUACAGUCAUGUUCCUUAUUUUACACACACCUUUGCACGUUAUUAGAAUCAAAGUGUUAUUCGAACACGUGCUCCAUGAGAAUCGAAACUCUGUAAGCGAUAUGGAUCGCACGCUUCAACAUGUAUUUGUCACCAUGUACUAUUUGAAUUAUUCCGUCAAUUGUGUUAUAUAUCUUGUCUGUGGAGAGAAUUUUCGCAAGGUGUUUCUUGAUUCUUUUUGUUGGUUUUGCAAAAUUCGGAAUACAGAAUUCGAAGUGGAAGCGGAAAGGUUUUCGAACGUCGGGAUGACAUCGUCACUUAUCCUGGACAAGGAUGAGGAAACAACCAUUCAGUGAUGCCGUAACGAAUAACAAUACAAAAAGUCUCUGUGAUAUCGCUUUAUAUUGUUACUAUUGCUCACGUGCUAGUGGUAACAUAUUUCUUUAAAUGUUGUCACGUAGUACUUUUGUUGUUAUUAUAAUGUUAUCAAAAUGUUAUGUUGUGAAAAUUCCAUACACACUUGUGUUGAUCUUCACUUCUAUUGAUUAAAAGCACUUUAAAGGUUUUGAGGUAUGAAUACAAAAAUAAAAUGAA